AUGCCUUUGAUGGCGGCCACCGACAUGGCUGUCCCAGCUGUGAAGACGCUGCUAGAAUGUGCCGAUUACGACCGGACGUUUGCCCAGUACCUGCCUCAGCUCUACGAGCUCCCGAACCAAAUACUCACAUCCAUCACGGACCCAGAGGCUUUGAAACAGCUGUAUAUCUCGACAAACCCAGCCAUUUCCGGUCUGGCGUUCGCGAUCGCGACGAUACCCAUAUUCCUGAUUGUCUCCGAAAUCAACAAGAACUACAGUCAGGUGGACCGGGUGUGGAGCAUAAUGCCAACCGUUUUCAAUGUCCAUUACGCUCUGUGGGCUCGCAUGAACGGACUUCCGACAGCCAAGAUUGACAAUGUCCUGGCGUUUAGUGUUGUUUGGUCCAUUCGCCUUACGUUCAAUUACUGGCGCAAGGGUGGAUACCAGAUUGGCAGCGAGGACUAUCGUUGGGAGCUCAUCAAAAAGCAAAUCGGCUCGGCUGGCUAUAUGCUACUCAACGUGUUAUUCGUUGCCUCGAUACAGCCCGUGAGUUUCUCGAAAGCCGUCUGUUGCCAGAGUAUGCUCACGAAUGAGAUAGGUGCUCCUCUGGGCCGUGACGCUUCCAGCAUACGUCCUCCUACUCACCUCUCGAAUCCAGCCAGAGAUGGCGACUGUGGAUCUGAUCUUCAGCAGGUCGUUGAUCGCGUUGGUGGUAUUUGAAUACUUUGCCGACGGACAGAUGUGGAACUACCAGCAGGCGAAGAAAGAGUAUCAGAAAACUGCCAAAGUGCCUGACGGAUGGACGCGAGCACAAAUGGAUCGUGGGUUCGUUACGACCGGCUUGUGGAAGUAUAGCCGCCAUCCCAAUUUCGCAGCUGAGCAGGCUAUCUGGGUACUCCUAUACCUAUGGAGCUGCGUGGAUACCAACCAGUACUGGAACUGGACCUUCGUAGGCGUGCUGGGAUACGUAGGAGUCUUUUCAGGGAGCACGCCCCUCACCGAAUGGAUCAGUGGCAGCAAAUACCCGGAAUACAGGAUGUAUCAAGCGCGGGUGGGCAUGUUUCUUCCGAGUCUCUUGGGGAGCUAUUGGGAUGAGGAGGAGAUGGUGAGAGUGGCACCACAAGCUCCAGCGGCUACGAAGAAGGCAGGGAAGAGCAGCUAA